AUGGCGGACGCCACUGAGUCUGUAACGCAAGACACCGCCAAUCUCCACCUCGACGAGGUCACCGGCGAGAGAGUGUCCAAGUCAGAAUUGAAGAAGAGACAGAAGCAAAGACAACUCGAGGAGAAAAAGAAGGAAAAGGCCGCCUCUGCCGCUGCGGCCGCGCCGCUCCAAGUCGAGAAGAAAGCCAUGAAGGCGGAACUCGACGAGAGCAAUCUCAACCCGAACCAGUACUUUGAAAUCCGAAGCGGGCGCAUCAACCGGCUGCGAGAGACCAAGGACCCCAACCCCUACCCUCACAAAUUCUCGGUUAAUACGGAUCUGAGCAAGUUCGUCCAGGAAUAUGCCGACCUCAAGCCCGGCGAGCAGAAGAAGGAGGUGGAAAUACGGGUCGCAGGUAGGGUGUAUGUCAAGCGAUCCGCGGGUGCGAAGCUGGUCUUCUACGACAUCCGAAGCGGCGGCACCAAGGUCCAAAUAAUGUGUCAGGCGCAAGAAGCUGCCGGAGACGUCGCCUUCGAGGCGCAGCACGAGCACCUGCGGAGAGGAGACAUCAUCGGAGUGAUAGGAUACCCCGGAAGAACGUCACCCAAGAACCGGCCCAACGAAGGGGAACUGUCCGUGUUUGCACGUCAAGUCAUCCUCCUCACCCCCUGUCUGCACCAAAUCCCCUCGGAACACUUCGGUCUGCAGGACGUCGAAACCCGCUUCCGCCAACGGUACCUCGACCUGAUCAUGAACGACAAGUCGCGCAACAUCCUCCUGACCCGGGCCAGGAUCGUCUCCUACAUCCGGCGCUACUUCGACUCCAACGGCUUCGUCGAGGUGGAAACACCCAUGAUGAACUCGAUCGCGGGCGGGGCCACGGCCAAGCCGUUCAAGACGCACAUCAACGAGUACCAGACGGACAUGUUCAUGCGCAUUGCCCCGGAGCUGUUUCUCAAGAUGCUGGUCGUCGGGGGGAUCGAACGGGUGUACGAGCUGGGGAAACAAUUCCGCAACGAGGGCGCCGACCUGACGCACAACCCGGAGUUUACUACCUGCGAGUUCUACGAGGCCUACGCCGACGUCUACGACGUGAUGGACCGCACCGAAGAGCUCGUCUCGGGACUCGUCAAGGAAAUCACGGGCGGGUACCACACGACCUUCCACACGCAGACGGGCGAAGUGUAUCAAGUCAACUGGUCGCGGCCGUGGAAGCGCAUCGACAUGAUCCCCGCGCUCGAGGAAGCCACAGGCGAGAAGUUCCCACGGGGCGACCAACUCCACACGACCGAGACCAACGAGUUCCUCAAGCGCGUCCUGAAAAAGUGCAACGUGACCUGCCCGCCUCCCGAAACCAACGCGCGCAUGCUCGACAAGCUCGUCGGCGAAUUCAUCGAAGAAACCUGCAUCAACCCGACUUUUAUCACCGGCCACCCCCAAAUCAUGUCCCCCUUGGCCAAAUACCACCGCUCGUCCCCCGGCAUCUGCGAACGCUUCGAGGCCUUUGUAUGCAAGAAGGAAAUCGUCAACGCGUACACCGAAUUGAACGACCCCUUCGACCAACGGCUCCGCUUCGAGGAACAAGCACGCCAAAAGGCCCAGGGAGACGACGAGGCGCAGAUGAUCGACGAGAAUUUCUGCACUUCGCUCGAGUUCGGCCUCCCACCCACGGGUGGCUGGGGCAUGGGCAUUGACAGGAUGGUCAUGUUCCUCACGGACAACUACACCAUUCGCGAGGUCCUGGCUUUCCCCUUCAUGAAGGAGGAGAAGACUCCGCAGGGCGGGAAGGACGGCGCUGUCGCCGGCGAGGUCGUCGCCACUAGACCGGCCCCUUGA